AUGCUGCGCUACCGCUGGGGCCAAGGCAGCCGGGACCUCGACUCAGUCCCGGACGACGAACUCUACGCGUUCUUCAAGACCGACUGCGAGCGCGUGAAGACCAACGUUGCGGACUUCUUUGCGCGUGUGCGUCGGGAACUUCGAGCGCCGUCCACGAGUUCCGAUGAGUUCAUGGCGUCGAUCACCGACCGGCUUUUCAAGCUUGAAGCCGCCCUCGCGGCGACAACGAUCUCCGACCCGAAAGCAUGCGCGUCGACCGACACGGCGGCUGGACGCCCAUGUAGUUUGACGCGAGACACUUGCAAGUGGCGCGCCGCCGGUCACCACACGGACGUGACACGUACGAAGCGCGCCGCCGAGGUCAAGUUCUGUAACAAGUACUUGGCGCGGCAAGGGCGCAACUGUCGUAACCUGGCGGGUCCUGAAUCGGCCCGGUGCUACCGUCACCCGGAGACAGCCCAGCCCGGGCAGUAG